GUGCAACACCAACUUUUUCGUCUCACAGUCCAAAGAGUAUGGUGCGUGCGGGUGGCACGCAACUCCGCUGGUUGUGCUGUCUCGAUGCGUGCGUAUUGAUUGCGUUGAUUGUCAUCCACCACAUAAACCCUUGCACAUCACUUUGACGUCAAUACUAGCUCUUAUAUAAAAAAGAUGUUCAAUUCGACUGCUUUCUCUGUUUUACUUUUUCCUUGAAUCAUUAAUUAAGAAUAAAGAAAAUACCAUGUCUACUGAUUCUGCUACUACCACCUCUUUUACUACUUCAGGCGUUCAGUUGGAUGUGAACAAAGUCAGUGACAGCGAUCUCGCACCUUAUGUUACGCUGCAGCGUGCAGCCAAUUAUCUGGCGGGAGCCAUGAUUUUCCUAAAGUCAAACGUGCUACUCGAAAAUCCGCUAAAACCGGACGAUAUAAAGCCAAGACUCUUAGGCCAUUGGGGUACUUGCCCGGGCAUUAACUUGACCUAUGCACACUGCACGCGCCUUAUCAAGCAACACAAUCUCAACAUGUUGUUCGUGACCGGACCAGGCCAUGGCGCCCCUGCCAACCUUGCCAACCUCUUUCUCGAACGUUCCAUCACAAAGUAUUAUCCAAAAUACUCGUACGAUCGGGAAGGUCUCGAGCGUUUGAUCCGCGGCUUUUCUUGGCCGUCUGGUUUCCCAAGCCAUACUAACUCUGAAGUGCCGGGCCAAAUCCAUGAAGGAGGCGAGUUGGGAUAUGCACUCGCUGUAAGUUUUGGUGCUGUACUCGAUAAUCCUGAUUUAAUUGUCACUUGCAUAAUAGGAGACGGCGAAGCCGAAACUGGACCCACAGCAACUGCAUGGCAUGCAUUCAAGUACUUGGAUCCAGCAAAGUCAGGCGCUGUGCUGCCCGUGCUUCAUUUAAACGGUUUCAAAAUUGCUAAUCGUACCAUUUACGGAUGUAUGAGUGACGACGAAUUGAUUGCUCUAUUCAGUGGCUAUGGUUAUCAAGUACGCAUCGUUACUGACAACAUGGAUACGUUGCAACGUGACAUGGCCGUAUCCCUAGGUUGGGCGGUGCAAGAAAUCCAAGCGAUUCAAAAAGCAGCGCGGUCGGGCAACAAGCCGAUAUACAAACCCCGUUGGCCCAUUGUCAUCCUGCGCUCACCCAAAGGUUGGACUGGACCUAAAGAAGCCCAUGGCAAGCCUAUUGAAGGCACCUUCCAUGCUCACCAAGUACCCCUGCCCAAAGCCAAAAAGGAUGAUGAAGAACUCAAGCUGUUGGAAUCGUGGUUGUUGGAAUAUCAUCCAGACAAGCUGUUUGACAAAAAGCAUGGCUACGCACCCGUAAAAGAAAUCCAGGACUGUUUUCCUGACGACGAGGCAUUGCGGAUGGGUAUGCGCAUCGAGACCCAUGAAGGGUCCUACAAGAAAUUGGAUACCCCUCGUUGGGAAGACUAUUGUAUCGACAAGGAUGAAGACACAUCGUCUAUGGACGCAACAGGUGGAUAUCUCGCCGAAGUGAUCAAGCGUAAUCAUAGCACGUUCAGGAUCUUCUCGCCUGACGAAUUGACAUCCAACAAAUUGACGCGUGUACUUGACGCCACAAAUCGGACGAUGGAGUGGGAUAAGGAUCUCUUCACCAAAGGCGGUCGGAUCAUCGAGGUUCUUUCAGAGCACACUUGUCAGGGUCUCCUGCAAGGCUACACAUUAACUGGAAGAACAGGUUUAUUCCCAAGCUACGAAGCGUUCCUUGGUAUCAUAACGACUAUGCUGAUCCAGUAUGCCAAGUUUUUGAAACUGGGAGAAGAAACGCUAUGGCGAAGACCAGUGCCAUCCAUCAAUUACAUCGAGAGUAGCACAUUAUGGCGACAAGAGCAUAAUGGGUUCAGUCACCAAAAUCCAGCCUUUUUGAAUAACCUGAUGAAUUUGAAAUCAAAUAUGAUCCGCAUCUAUCUCCCACCUGACGCCAACUGCAUGGUCUCAACGAUCGACCACUGUUUAAGAUCUACCAACUAUAUCAAUCUUGUUAUUAGCGCCAAGAACCCCACCCCGCUUUGGAUCACUUCGGCCGAAAAAGCCGCCGAACACUGUCGAGCCGGUAUAUCCGUAUGGUGCGAGUACAGCACAGAUGGCGGUAAAGAGCCAGACGUUGUGAUUGCCGGAUGUGGUGUCGAGACAACAUUCGAGGCCGUUGCAGCUGCAGCUUUACUUCACAAAGAUUGUCCCGAUCUACGUGUGCGUCUAGUCAAUGUCACAGAUCUGAUGGUGCUUGGUCAGACCCAUUCACAUAGAUUGUCCCAAGACGAAUUCGAGGCUAUUUUCACACCGGAUAAGCCUGUUGUUUUCAAUUUCCAUGGAUAUCCUUCGGCCAUCCACAGUCUUGCUUAUGAUCGUGUCAGUGGCAGACGCAUGUCUGUGCAUGGAUACAACGAGGAGGGAACCACCACUACUCCUUUCCGAAUGCUUACGGCGAAUGGAUGCUCGAGGUAUGAUCUUGCUAUUGACGCAUUACAUAAAGUUCAGCCCAACCAUCCUACGGUCAACAUCAAGGCCCGUACAUUAAUUUCGAAUUAUCAGCAUGCGAUCCGUCAGCAUGAAAAGUACAUUGAAGAAUACGGGACAGAUCCAGAAGAGUUAUCUCAAAAACCUCGUUUUUAA